AUGACAACAAAAAAAUUAAUCAACAUAACUGCACCUCUUCUAUCUUCUGAACCUUUUACCACUGUCGUAGCUGGCUGCUCCAACGUAGCUCCCAUCCUCCGGACUCCAGCCAAUGUUGUUGUUACAGCAAUUCGACGGAGCCGUAUUCUGAGGAAGCGAAUUUGGGUCAGCAAUAGAGCUUUUGUACUCUUGGAGCAGCUUUCGUUAUAGCCUAUUCAACAGAACAGGCUGCAAAUUUGCAGUAUCUGACAGACAUUCUAACUGGGGUUAAAUUGCAAAAAUAUGUAGAAAAUAGUUGAGUUGGUGCUGGCUUCCUAAUAAAGUGGAAGGGUUUUCGGUUCGCUCAUGAUAUAUACAUGGAGUAUCAGAUGCUGCAGAUGGUGAAAAUGGUUUGGAAGUUUUAUGUUCCCUCAAAAGUGGGAGUAUUCGGAUGGAGGUUGCUUCAACAAUGGUUUCCAACUAGAGAGGCACUGCUAAAUAUAGAGGCAUUCUUAAAGACCCACAUAGCCUUUGCUGUGUUUUUUGCUUUAGAGAGUUGGAAACAUACUUUCAUUUAUUUGCAAGUUGUCAGUGGGUCUUAGAAUUGUGGAAUUAGAUCCACAAUUGGUUGGGAAAUGGGAAUCACUACUGUGGCUGAAAGUGAUGUGGUGUUAUGUUUUGAAGACUUUAAACUAGUAGAUAGCAGGGGAGUGCUUAGUUGUGUAGUUGUCUUCAUGUAAUAGACCACUCCUGUAAGGUUUUGUGAUUUUGAUUUUGUGAGCUGCUUUCUAGCACUGAUUUGGUGAGAGCUUUGCAACCUUUCACAGAAGGUGUUCUUAUGGGGAAUUUGUGUCUUGUAAUUUACUCGAUGGUUGCAUAGGUUAUACUGAAUAUACUGAAUUUUGAUCAUUUUAUUAGAGCUUGUUACUAAGGCAAAGUACAAACAAAUGACAUGGACCUUUCUCCCAUGAUUUUUUUUCUUUCUGUCUUCUGUCAUUACCUCUUUGAUUGAGCUUUACUAGAUCAACAUGCACUUCGAAUUGAACAUCGUUUUACUUUUUUUUAAGGUCAAAUGGCACCAAGAUGGAAAGGAAAAGAUGCAAAAUCAAAAAAGGAUGCAGAAGCCGAGGCACUUAGAGAACCCAUGUCAAUGAUUAUAUCACAACUUCAGUCUUCUUUAGUUCAAUCAAAUACUUGUGGAUUUCUCUCUGAUAAUUGUGUACACUUAGCAGUGCAAGCAGAACAACUUGACCUGCUUGAUAAAUCAUGCUUUGGUCGACCUGUGAGAACAGUUGAAAAGGACAUGUACUGGUUUCAAUUAACCUUGGAGGAAGCAUUCUACCUAUGUUAUUUCUUGAAAUGCCUCAAGAUUAAUGGUGGUGCUGACACUGGUCCCUCAAAUGAUGAACAACUGUGGCGUUACUUCAAGUCCAAGAAAGAAGCAUUCCCUUGCUUUUACAAGGCUUAUUCUCACCUUCGAAUGAAAAAUUGGGUAGUGAGGUCAGGGGCUCAGUAUGGUGUAGACUUCAUUGUCUAUCGCCAUCAUCCGGCACGGGUGCAUUCUGAGUACGGUGUACUUGUUCUAUCACAUGACAAUGAUGAUGAUCCAAAUGGAAGAUUAAGAGUAUGGUCUGAUGUUCAUUGCUCAACUCGACUUCUAGGAAGUGUUGCAAAAACCUUAUUAGUUUUGUACAUUAAUAAAAAUGGUCACAGUGAUGAGUCUCCAUUAUGUUUGGCAAACUAUACCAUUGAAGAACGUACAAUCUCCAGAUGGAGUCCAGAACAAUGCCGUGAAAGAUCCAUAUAGACAUUUCAUAUUCUUAAUAUUAUUAUCCCCUUGGGCAUAAUUUAAUUACUGUUUCUUUUUGUUCUAGGAUCUCUAAACACAACAGAAAAUUCUCAAUUCGCCCAUAAUUAAAUUUGAAGGUUAGUCUU